AUGUCAACAGAACUCAUCAGCUCAGCGAACGACAUCCUAUCCGUUCACUCAGCUCUCAUUUCUCGUAUUCGCCAAUCUCAAAGAACUCAUCGUCGUCUCCUUCAGAAUUUACAUUCCGAUGCCAGCGAACUAAAUGAUUUGAUCAACCUUCCCUUCAUUCCUUCACCCCCACGUUCGCCUUCACCAUCCCACUCAAAUUCAUCACCGCCAAUAUCUCCUACAGAACCCAGAGCAGAUCGAAACAGACAGAGACAAGACCGCGCAGACCUCCCACCAUCCAAACGCGCCCGUUCAGCCCACUACAAAAACUACGUUCCCGAAGAAGAGACCAUUCGCAACGACUAUUCACAACACUACGUCGACUCUGGAGAAUGGCCACAGAAUUAUGUAUUGGGAGCCGAAGUAGAGAAGAGGUUUGAGGAAUACCCUAAACAACACCGUCUCCUCACUCUCAAGAAAACUGCUGUCCGCUCACACUCUCUUCAGCCCACCUACCUACCUUUUUCUGAAAUCUCCUCUAUCCUUACCUCUUCCACCCUUCCCUCUUGCAAAUUCGACGUGAUCCUCCUCGACCCUCCUUUCUCCUCUUCCUUCACAUGGGACACCCUCCAAUCUCUCCCCAUUCCACAACUCGCGGCUGACCCUAGCUUUAUCUUUCUCUGGGUCGGAAGUGGCACUUGCGAUGGGUUGGAACGAGGUAGAGAUAUACUGGGAAAAUGGGGGUAUAGGAGGUGUGAAGAUGUCGUCUGGGUUAGAACGAAUAAGGGGAGAGCGGAUCACGGUCCCGGGACAGACCCACCAACAACCUCACUCCUCGUACGAACGAAACAACACUGUCUGAUCGGAAUUCGAGGAACCGUUCGCCGGUCUACAGACAGUUGGUUUGUCCACUGUAAUGUCGAUACCGAUGUCAUUUUAUGGGAAGGCGACCCUACCGACCCCACCCUCAAACCCCCAGAAAUGUACACCCUCAUUGAAAACUUCUGCCUCGGCACCCGUCGUUUAGAACUUUUCGGCCGUGCUACUUCCUCUCUUCGUCGGGGUUGGGUGACAGUGUUGAGUGAGGUUGAGGAAGAGGAGCUCAAGGCACUGCAACACCAACAACCCUCCGAUUCUUACUCAACCCCAGAAAUUGACAUCCAUACAGACUCAAACACACCCAUAAAGUACUUCGUACCAGGCGAAGAAGGCGGUGAGCUUACGCCUUUCAUCCGGGAAACCUGGGAAACCGGGAUAAAAUCCCUGGCCAAUGGGGGAAAACCAGUCGUACCACUUACAUCUGAUAUCGACGCGUUGAGGCCUAAAUCACCGUUUAGACCUGGGUCUACGACCGCCUCCGCGUCUACGCCUGGCCCCGGUUCCGUUGUAGGUACACCAGGAGGCAGUUCUGGUGGAAACGUACAAAUGGGAAUGAAUAUGAACAAUCAAGGACCCAUAGCACCACGAUUUAACAACGUUAAUCGGGGUGGUGUACCGAACCAGCUGAUGAUGGGAAUGGGACAAGUACAACCGUUUGGGUUGGGUAUGGGUAUGAAUGGGAUGAAUAUGAAUAUGGGAAAUAUAGGUGGUAUGAAUCCAAUGGAAGCCAUGAUGGCAGGAUGGGCUGGUAUGGGUGGAAUGAAUAUGAACAUGAACAUGAACAUGGGGAAUAUGGGAGGGAUGGGAGUACCGGGGGGGAUGGUGCCUGGGAUGCAGAUGCUUCAGAAUGGGAUGCAGAUGGGAGGACAGUUCGAUUGGGAUGGGACUGAUAUCAGUGGCAAUAUGGGUCAAUGGGGGCGUUAG